GGCACUUAGUGUACCCCUCUCAUUCGGCUGGGCAACGAGCUCUCUUCUACCCGACUAUCAACCGAGCAUCAUGUCACUCAAGGUCGCCCUCUUUGUCUCGUCAGUGUUGGUUCUGGCCACAGCAGACAGGGCCCGUGUCUACAGUGCUCCUCCGACUUACGCUCCCCCGGCCCCGGUAUACCACGCUCCUGUCUCCUACAGGGAACCAGUGUAUCCUGAUGUACCACCCAACUACAAGUUCAACUACGGCGUCGCCGACGGGUAUUCUGGAGCCAACUUCGCCCACGAAGAAUCCCGCGACGGCUACAAGACCCAAGGCCGCUACAGAGUCCACCUUCCCGACGGCCGCAUCCAGACCGUCACGUACUACGACAACGGAAACGGUCUUGUGGCCGAGGUCUCUUACCAGGGAGAAGCCUUCUAUCCACCAACGCCUAAGUAUAAGCCUACUCUUGUUCCUUCAUACAGACCACGCCUCGCCUACGCUGCCCCUACUUACUGAUUUCCCUGGUCCGUCUGGAGUUUGAGUUUCUUCGUUCGUUUCCCCCAUGACAGUGUUUCGAAGUGACAGGAGCGCGAUCUUGUGCCAUUAAAUAAAUAUUUAUUUCUUGA